AUGUCGACCGGACUGGAUAUUCCUCAGACCGGGCUGUCUCUCCACCUCGGAGAUCAGUCCGGUGAUCUUUCUGUCAAGCCAAAUCAGAUCAUGCGGUUGAAUCUGGUGCAGAGCACCCUCGAUGAUCUGAUUCAGAGCCUACGGAAGGAUCAACCCGCUCGAGUCCGGCUGGGAAAACACCCUUCACUUCACUAUGGGGGAAAAUCUCAAACGUUCCAUGCCUAUCCCGAAACCCACCGAUCUGAGAUCUACCAUAGCUCAUCCGAUAAAGAGUCACUCUAUUUCACAGGGGUUUUAAGUCAUAGUCUCGAGGUUGAAAAGGCUAAAAAUGCUACCGCCGCCACCGAUCAGGCGCUGGCAGAGUUAGAGGAGAAAUUAAAUGCUCACGAGAGAGGGAAGGAGUCGAAGAAGACUCACCUAAUCUCGCAUCCAGAUGAGCUGAAGGCUCUCCGGGGCAGCAAGUCAGGCUACAAAGGUCCCACCACCAGAGUCGAACUUGAGAAAGAUCGUUUCCUCAAAACUGCUGCCAAUCGCUCUCUCACUGCAAGUCCGAUCUUGGGUGCCCCCAAGUUCCCCUUCAUUCACCUUCUCGCCGUUCGCGCCGUAUCGGCCAAGUUCCUUGCCCGCCAAACUCGCUCCACCAUCGAAGACUGCACCGCCCUCGGCGAGAAAUUCGGCGUUUUGAACCGAAUCAACCCCGAGAAAUAUGAUCUCAAGGACAAAGUCUACAAGGAUCUUGAUUUGUUUGGCUUCAAUUACACAGAGGAGGACCGAAAGGAAGCCAUUGAGAACUCUAUUUCUGCCUUUGAUCGCAUGCGCAUCUCUCGAUCCGACAAACUUUGGCAAACACUUCUUCCCAAGUCUGAACGAGGCAAGGGAAAGUGCCUGUCGCGUUUGAACCUCCGCACUGGCCCGCCCCAGAAACCCGCCCCACUCGCCAAAUCCAACGGAGAGGACUCGGGCAAGGACAAUGAGACCGAUCGCGCCACAAAGGGUUCCAAGACUACUUCGACCGCGCAAAAGGCUCGCGACAAGGACCCGACCAAGCGACCCACCAAAACCAAGAAUACCAACAGCACCCUCACCGGACGGGUUACGAAGAAGACUGGUGGGAAGGCACCAGUCAAAGUCGACAGCAAGAUCAAGUCCGCGGAAUUCGUCCACAGUUCGGACGAUGAUGACGAUACCGACAUGCCUGAUAUCCCCCCUGCUGCCCCCACUCCCACUCCCGCGCCUGCAGCCAAGCCGCAACCGAAGGAACACAAGCGGACUCCGUCCAAUUCGAAGCCCCCAGCACCGAAAAUCAAGGCACCGGCCAAGCCUCGCACCGCUGAAACAGCUCCUACUCCUGCUCCCAAGGCCAAACCUGAGGCAUCGAAGCCUAAGCUUGAACCAUCCAAACCAGUCAGCAAGGUCACAUCUUCCAAGCGUCCUCCCUCUCGACCCUCUACUUCACCGCAGAAGCCUAGCAACCGCAGCCGGGCUGACAGCCAGAAUCAAUCCUCUGGUUCAUCCUCGUCUUCGCCUCUCAUCUCCCAGCUGGCCAAACCCGCCAAGGUGGGGCGUGCAGCCCCUGCUGCUACCAAAUCUGGCAAAAGUACUCCCCAGCCCAACGGUAUUACGAAGGCCACCCCCGCUACCACCAACAAGUUGAAGCGCAAGGCCGAGUCCGAUUCAUUAUCCGUUCCCCAGGCAGGACGUCCUAGUGCAAACUUGGAAGCCAAGCGGCGCCGAGCGGUCAGCUCCUCUAGCGGUGGCAGCACCGGCAGCGCGUCUCCACCAAUGAGCUACGAGAUUCUGAGACAGCAGCUGCGGGAGAAGUCUCAGAAAUUCAAGAACUUUUACACCAAAUACCGCAACUUGCAUGACUCCCUUGCAGCACUCACCAACCCGCCCCAGGUGGACCUUGACAAGCUGCAAAAGCAGCACAUUCAUCUGCAACGCAUGAAGAAGGAAAUCUGGGAGGAAGAUCGGCAGCUUCGCGAAGGCCUUCAUUCGUAA